CUCUCGCUGCACCCGAGCUCAGGGGAGCUGCUACUCGCCGCGCCUCCCGCAGGUAGCGGCGAGCACCAGUGGACGGCGGUGGUGGAGGCGUCAGAGUCUCCGCUGGGCCCCGCCGCCAAGAUGAAGGUCAGCGUCGUACUGAAAGACGCGGCGGACUCCGACAAGGACGUGUCCGCUCUGUGCUUCUGGCAGCACGCGGAGUACUCUGUGUUCGAGAACCGGCCAGCCACUGUCCUAGGUCCUCUGGGCCCCGCGUUCUACUCCCUGGACGCCACUCAGCUCAACUACACUCUCCUGAAUGGCUCGCAGUACGCAGGGGUGGAGCUGCUGCCGGGGUCCCAGGGCUGGACUCUGAGCACCAGGCCCGACCUGGACAGGGACUCGCUGAGCCCGGGACCCCAGCUGCGCCUGAGGGUCGCCUGCUCAGCCCCGGGCGGUGGCCGGAGCGCUGAGGCCACGCUGACUGUCUCCAUCAGGGACGAGGACGACAACCCACCGGCGGCUCAGGAGCCGGGCCAGCUGGACGUGGGCAUCAGGGCCGGCAGCCUCAGCAAGGGAGAGGAGCUCAGCGCCAACGUGGUGCUGGUGGACGCCGACACGGUCCGCGCCAACACCUUCCAGGCGCUGCUGGAGGGAGACCAGGCCGGUCUGCUGGAGCUGCUGCCGCCCACAGAGUUCGAGGACGACAGUGGCAUCGUGCCGCGCACAGCCCUGCACAUCAAGCUGCGGGCCGCGGCAAACGCCAGCCUGCCUUCUUCGCCCUACUCCGUGAAGGUCAAGGUCACAGACACCUCCAUGGUGCCACGCCACAACGUCGCCAAUCACGCGGAGGUGUCCCUGCGGCUGCGGCGCGAGGACGCCGCCCCCAGGCGCGCCGGGGGCGGCGGGUCCCGGCGCGAGCGGCCGGCGCCCGCCCCCGACUACCCGCCGCGCGUGUGGCUGUACCGCGGCGCCAGCGCCUACUCGCGCGUCGCGACCCCCCGCCACCCCGCCGGCGCCUCCUUCAGCCUGGCGCAGGGCGGCCAACUGUUCGGCGUGACGCCGCGCGGCGGCAUCCUGUACGUGGCGCGCGUCGAGGCGCUGCAGGCGGCCCCGCCCGCAGUCACGGUGCAGGUGAGGGCGGAGCAGCCCGGCAGGCCGGCUGCUCUCCUGCAGCUGGAGGUGCAGCUGCUGGGCGAGGCAGCUGGGCCCUGCCAGCUGGCGCACGGCUCGGCCUCCGACUGGAGCCGCGAGUACUGCUCGGAGCAGCGCCGCGCCAGCGCCUGCGCCAGGACCUGCGGCUUCGCCAGCGCCGCGGGCCAGCGCUCGCCCGCCAGGUACCAGGCGGGCUGCCAGUGGCGCACCAGCAGGAGGGGGCAGGCGGGCUACGCCACGUGCUCGCCCUCGCUGGACACGUGCCCUGACGGCACGUGCGACGCCCUGGAGAAGAUGCAGCGCAACAUCUGCCCGCAGGACUGCAACUCGAGCCGCUUCUUCGACUCGGACCGCCUGCUGAGCGGCCAGCCGGGCUACCUGAGCGGCGACAUCGCGUGCUGGUGCGAGGCGGACGGCACGUGCCUCUGCCUGCCCCAGGAGCCCGACGGCCUCGCCAAGAGACCCACGGCCGCCCCCGCCGCCGCCGCCGCCUCCGAGACCCCGACACCGCCCCCGGGGGCGGCGCGCAUCCGCCAGGCGGGCGCCGCAGUUCGGCCCGUGCAGUGCGGAGCUGACUGCGUGGUGGGGGUGACGGCCGCCUGCCUGCUCGUGGUGUUGUCCGCCGCGGGCGCCUGCGUCCUCUGGAGGCUGCGGUGCGUGGGCCGGGCGCGGCGCGCCAGGAAGUGCCCCGCCGGGCCCAUGACGGCGGCCUCAGGGGCGCGCGCAGACUACCUGGAGGGCGCGAGGCAGCCCUUGGACGGCCUGCUGUCGCCCUUCGACCCAAGCCUGCCGCUGUCGCCCGCCGACCCGCGCGCCGCGCCCGACCCGAAGUGGGAGUUCCCCCGCGCGCGGCUGGUCGUGGAGCAGACCCUGGGCGAGGGGGAGUUCGGCCGCGUCUUGCGGGCCCGCGCCCUGGACAUCGGCGGCCGCCCCGGCUACACGACGGUGGCCGUCAAGACCUUGAAGGAGGGCGCGAGCUCCCCGGAGCUGGCAGACCUGCUGUCCGAGUACCAGCUGCUGAAGGACGUGUCGCACCCCAACGUCAUCAGGCUGCUAGGGGCUUGCACGGGGCCCGGCGCGCCCGUCUACCUCAUCAUCGAGUUCGCCGAGCACGGCUCGCUCAGGAACUACCUGAGGAGGAGCAGGCACGUGGAGUCCGAGGGCAAGAUCCCCAACUCGUUCGGGCCGAGCGACGCGAACCCGUCCGCGAACCACGCGGAGCAGCUGUCCACCACCCCCAGGGACAUCCUCUCGUUCGCCUGGCAGAUCAGCAAGGGCAUGGCGUACCUGAGCGAGAUAAAGCUGGUGCACCGCGACCUGGCGGCCAGGAACGUGCUGGUGGCCGCCGGCCGCAUCUGCAAGAUCUCCGACUUCGGGCUGACGCGCGACGUCUACGAGGACGACGCCUACCUCAAGAGGAGCAAAGGCCGCGUGCCGGUCAAGUGGAUGGCCGUGGAGUCGCUGGCCGACCACGUCUACACCAGCAAGUCGGACGUGUGGAGCUUCGGCGUGCUGCUGUGGGAGCUGGUGACCUUGGGGGCCUCGCCCUACCCGGGGGUCGCCGUGCACAACCUCUUCCACCUGCUGCGCGCCGGCUACCGCAUGGAGCGGCCCGAGAACUGCUCCGCGCAGCUGUACCGGGUGAUGCGGAGCUGCUGGCAGGGCGAGCCCGGCUCGCGGCCCUCCUUCAAGGAGCUCGUGAUGCUGCUGGAGAGGAUGCUGGAGGACGGCGUGGAGUACCUGGACCUGAACCCGCGCGUCGUGCACAAUCGGGCCUACUUCUCCUCGCCGGCCGGCGACCAGCUGCCCGCCGACGGGGACGAGGAGGACGACGUGCGGUACGGCAACCUCAGCCUGCUGCGGUCCGAGUCGACGACGCCGCUGGUGGCGGCGGAGGCGGGCCCGCGCGGGCGCCUGGGCAGCGUGCCCGAGGAGGAGAACACACCCGGGGCGACCCCGCGCGCCGACCAGGCCCGCCUGCUGCGCUACCAGAACCAGGACGCCGCCUACCUCAGCCCCGUGCGCCGACCGUCGCCCGCCUACGUCAGCAUGACCGGCAGCCCUGCCGCCGCCGCCGUCGUCGCCGCCGGGCCCACGUCGCAGACACACUUCUGA